AACAAGUACCUCCGGAAAGAAGGUGAUCGACUAGGGAUGACGCAGCUGAGCCUGCCCUGGCUGGGACUGGGGCCAGUUGCAGCCUCCCCUUGGUUGAUUGGGCUUCUGGUUGGGGCUUCUUGGCUCUUGGCCCGAAUUCUGACCCGGAUCUACGCCUUCUAUGAAAACUCUCGUCGCCUUCAAUGUUUCCCUCAGCCCCCCAAAAGGAACUGGAUCCUGGGCCACCUGGGCAUGAUCCCUCCCACAGAACAGGGCUUGAAGGAAGUGGCUAAGCUGGUGGACACCUACUCCCAGGGCUUUAUAAGCUGGUUGGGUCCCAUCAUUCCACUCAUCACUUUGUGUCACCCUGACAUCAUCCGAACUGUCCUGAAUGCCUCAGCUGCUGUUGCCAUCAAGGACAUGGUCUUCUAUGGCUUCCUGAGACCCUGGCUGGGGGAUGGGCUCUUGCUGAGUGCUGGUGACAAGUGGAGCAGCCACCGUCGCAUGCUGACACCCGCCUUCCAUUUCAACAUCCUGAAGCCCUAUGUGAAGAUUUUCACUGAAAGCACGAAUAUCAUGCAUGCCAAGUGGCAGCGCCUGGUCUCCCAGGGCAGCGCCCGUCUGGACAUGUUUGAGCACAUCAGCUUGAUGACCCUGGACAGUCUGCAGAAAUGUGUGUUCAGCUUUGAGAGCAACUGUCAGGAGAAGCCCAGUGAAUAUAUUGAAGCCAUCUUGCAACUCAGUGCCCUCGUGACCAAAAGGCAUCAGCAGCUCUUUCUGCACAUGGACUUCCUGUACCACCUCACCUGUGAUGGGCAGCGCUUCCGUAAGGCCUGCCGCCUGGUGCAUGACUUCACAGAUGCUGUCAUCCAGGAGCGGCGUCGCACUCUCAGUAACCAGGGAAUUGACGACUUCCUAAAGGCCAAGGCCAAGGCCAAAACUUUGGACUUCAUUGAUGUGCUCCUGAUGAGCAAGGACAAAGAUGGAAAGGAGCUGUCAGAUGAGGACAUACGAGCAGAGGCUGACACCUUCAUGUUUGGAGGCCAUGACACCACGGCCAGUGGUCUCUCCUGGGUCCUGUACAACCUGGCGAAGCAUCCAGAAUACCAGGAGCGCUGCCGGCAGGAAGUGCAAGAGGUCCUGAGGGGCCGUGAGCCUGAAGAGAUUGAAUGGGACGACCUGGCCCAGCUGCCCUUCCUGACCAUGUGCAUCAAGGAGAGUCUGAGGCUGCACCCCCCAGUCACAGUCGUCUCCCGCUGCUGCACCCAAGACAUUGUGCUCCCCGAUGGUCGGAUCAUUCCCAAAGGUGUUAUCUGCCUCAUCAGCAUUUUUGGUACCCAUCACAACCCAGCUGUGUGGCCGGACCCUGAGGUCUAUGACCCCUUCCGCUUUGAUCCAGAAAACAGCAAGGACAGGUCACCUCUGGCUUUUAUCCCCUUCUCCGCGGGGCCCAGGAACUGCAUCGGGCAGAACUUCGCCAUGACCGAGAUGAAGGUGGUGCUGGCGCUGACUCUGCUGCGCUUCCGCGUCCUGCCCGACGCCGCCGAGCCGCGCAGGAAGCCGGAGCUGAUCCUGCGCGCAGAGGGCGGGCUGUGGCUGCGGCUGGAGCCGCUGAGCACAGACGCUUAAGGGGUCCCAAGGGCUGGCCUGGAACCCUGCUGACCCCACCCUCCUGCCCAGACUCGAAUAAAUUGUGCUGUCACCUGUG